AUGAAUCACAAGCAGUAUAUAGAGAAGUUCAUCAUCGCCAACGCCGUCAUUCCUGCUAAGAACGCUCCUCUCAAGUUUGUAUUGUUCUUGGCGGAUGGGCAUCGGAAGGACAUUUCCCCCAUGAUGGUCCCAAGCAAGUCAAACAGAGUCACAUUGUCAAGAACUUGUUGGACCAUGAUGAAACUUCACCUUUCAUCUAAGACAUCCUACGAACAUAUAGGACGCACAGAUUUCGGCUGGCAACACCCUGAUACUGGUGACUGA